CUUUCUUCAGAAUUAUUGUUUACCCUGUCAAACAUGUCCAUCUCAAACAAUGAAAUGUUAGUUGAUGUAUGCGAAUCAACAAGGAAGAGUUUCUCGGACAAAUUCUAUCCACUCACAACCGAACGAUCACAAGCUAUCCAGAGAUGCACGGCAAUUGUGAAAAUAGACCGUGGCUCAAUUAGCAAGAAUGGGCCUAAACUGCGCGCACAUACCAUCCUCUCUGAUCUUUGGUUAUACUGUCCGGAGGUCUUUAUCCUUUGCGCAUUAUCAACGUAUCCAACAAAAAUUGGUGGCCUGAAAUCGGACGAUUAUCUUGAAACGAUGUUACGCUGGUGGGAAAAUGUGGCGCACCCAAAGGGAUUGACCGCGGUCCUCAUACAAUAUCCAGAUAUCCUACCAGGAAAGCCAAACAUGCCAUCACCCUCUUCAUACCCCGCCCAUUUGCAGGAAAGUGAUCUUAUCGAUUUCCUCACGAGUGGUUCGAGAGCACACGGGCCGUUGACAAUCAAAGUGCCAGAUGACUAUGACGAGAUGCCUGUUAUUGAAAUAUCUCGAGAAAUGUGCCAAGACCUGAUCCGAUUCGUGUUGGAAAGACAGAAGGAAAGACUGAGCCACGAGUUCAAGGCUACUGAGGAUAGACAUAUAGGACCGUAGGUUCUCCGUACAGCAUACAGGUCUGACCAGGAGAGAUAUUUGCCAGUUGAUAUCCAGUUUCGCCGCGACCAGUAUAGAUUAUCUUUGGUUCCUUGCCGCCGCCAGUUACUUGAGCAUAUCCAAAACCGCUACUUUUGUCCACGACAACCGCACAAACAUUCGGAGCUUGUUCAUUCUUAAAGUCGUUUUCGCCGGUGGUUUCGUCAGGAGCAAUAUGGACACUUUUAUAAUCUGUUAACUAGCUCCGUCAGUAUGCACUUACAUCAACAGGAAGGCCAAAAUAGUUACUAGCAUCUCCGCGUUCUCCCGCAAUUUUAUCUUGUCUUCCUCCUUUCGAGAUGAGCUCAUUUGUGACGGAUAGGAAAGGAAAUCGUCG